GUCAGCGUGAUCUGUCCUUACAGAAGGGAGGAGGACUUAGCACAGGGAAAUCUGGCAUGUAAUCAGCUCUGUGAUCAGGAGAGAAGACUGUGUACAGCCCGAACACCUCCAGCAGGGAAGAGAUGGCGAUCUUGUUCUCUGUUGUUGCAAGAGGAACCACCAUCUUGGCCAAACAUGCCUGGUGUGGGGGCAACUUUCUGGAGGUGACAGAGCAGAUCCUGGCAAAGAUCCCAUCAGAAAACAACAAGCUGACCUACUCCCAUGGCAGUUACUUGUUCCAUUACAUCUGUCAGGACCGAAUCAUUUACCUGUGCAUCACAGACGAUGACUUUGAACGUUCCAGAGCGUUUAAUUUCUUAAAUGAAGUUAAGAAGAGGUUUCAGACCACCUAUGGAUCCCGAGCACAGACUGCACUUCCUUACGCCAUGAACAGCGAAUUCUCCAGCGUUCUGUCAGCACAGCAGAAACACCACUCAGAAAACAAAAGCGUGGAUCGUGUUGUGGAGACACAAGCCCAGGUGGAUGAGUUGAAAGGAAUUAUGGUCCGAAAUAUAGAUCUUGUGGCACAGAGAGGAGAACGCUUAGAGUUAUUAAUAGAUAAAACGGAGAACCUUGUUGACUCUUCUGUCACCUUUAAGACCACAAGCAGAAACCUGGCCCGGGCUAUGUGCAUGAAGAAUUUGAAGCUGACCAUCAUUAUUGUUGUUGUAACAGUAGUCAUUAUCUAUAUCAUUGUGUCGGCAGCUUGCGGAGGGCUGUCGUGGCCCAGCUGUGUGAAUAAGUAACUCCUCUCUCUUCCGAUGCAUGAAAGUGUUCUCCAGUAACCGGAAAGUCAAAGUACUACCUAUUCACACGUGUAGAAUCCCGCCGAAAAGAGACUUAAUGGAAAAGCCUUUUCCCUCGACGCUGCGAGGUGUCCGAUAUCCUCCUUCAUCGUCUCAUCCUUCCAUUCUUACUGGACAUUGUAGCUCUAUGCCUUAUAAUGUGUAAGAGGAAACAUGGCCAGGAGUCUGUCACGCUGUAUGUCCUGAAAGCUGAAGGAGAUGGAGCAUGGUAAUGCCAUUUAUUUUUUCUCUUUCCUAAACCCUUUUUUUUUUUUCCCUCACAGUCCCUCUCUACCCCUCAAAUAUCCUCUUAUGUUUUUCACUGUUUUAGUCCCUUUUUUAAAACCUGUCCAGCAGUCCAUUCUUGUCCUUGCUUACUUCAGGUUU